AUGUGGGACUCAUCGGGGGCCCUGGGAGGUGACCACGACAUCUGGAGAUGUGGAGUUGACGUCGGAUACAUCGGAAUCAUCCCCAUAAAAUGGUGGGGCCCGAAGAAGAAGACUCCGCUGGUGGGGAAGCAGGCUGAUCGCUCAGAGCAGAUGGAAUUUCCCCAGAAGGGCGUGACGGUGGAGCCUUGGACAAAGAGGCCAGUGGAGCAGGCGGGGCUGGGCGGGAGACUAGCAAUAAACUACAGCAGAGAAUUGAUUUGGAUUGAUCUCUUUGCAGACUCUUCCAAGCACCUGUGUCUGCCAUUUAUGGUUGAUGGACAGCAGGUAGGCUAUGUGUCACCAGCAGUAGCUGAAUCUCUCCAACAAUAUCCAGAGGUUUUCCCAGUGUCUGAGGGAGAUGAUAAACCUGUGGGCGUUGAACUUAACAAGCAACUAGCAUCCUAUGAGCAAUGGACUGCUGCAGUGCCAGGGAUAUUAAAAAAACUGAUGGCACUGCAAGCAUUUCCCUGCCUGAAAGAGUGGAGGGAGGUGCUCUACAAUGCAAUGCCCUAUUUUGAUAGACCUCUCUUCAGCAUGGAACGUGCUGCAACACCAUUAUUGGGUGUGAAAUGCUAUGGUACUCACUUGAAUGGCUACACUUGGAAAAAUGGCGAGAUGCACAUGUGGCUGGCCUGCAGGGCCCUGAACAAACCCACUUAUCCUGGUUUACUGAAUAACCUGAGUGCUGGUGGCAUUGCAACUGGGUUGGGUGUCAGAGAAAUGCUAGUGAAAGAAAGCCAAGAAGCAUGCCUCCCUGUCUCCCUCACUGCACUAGCCAAGGCUGUUGGAACAAUCAGCUACACCUAUGAAGGAACACAUGGAGAAAUUUAUUCUGAAUGCCUGUUCAUAUUUGACCUGGAGCUGCCUCAAGAGUUUGUGCCCCAGGUGGGGGACGGAGAGGUAAAGGAGUUCUACCUUUGGCCACUUAACAAGGUGAAAGAGGUCAUUGCAUCUUCGGAUUUCAAGCCCAACUCUGCAAUGGUGGCACUAGAUUUCCUUAUCAGACACAGUUACAUCCAACCUGAUGAAGGUAGGCAAGGCCAGACUCCAAAGAUGUUAGGGCAAAAGGGAACAAACAUGAGCCUGAAGUAG